AUGUCACAAUGGCCUUUUUUAAUGGUGAAAGACUCAAGUGGAGGACUUUACGUCGACACCCGAAUCACUUUUGGCGGGGUCGCUGGGUGCGGCUCUUUUGGCGUACCCGCGGACGCGUGGAAACGCAUCAUGGAGCACGAAUUUGACGUUAUUAAGAUAUUUAGAUGGGUGGACGAUAACCUUUUCAUCAAAAGUAACAUCUAG